AUGGAGAUAUUUGCAAGGAAUAAACUGUCCCAACUUUUAAAAGAUGCAGAGAGAGAAAUCUUUUUCGGAAUUUUCAAUUCAAUGCCAGAACUUUUGGAAGUGUUGGAAGGAGAUAGGCAAGUUCUUUUUGAUUUAAAAAAUAGAAUUAUGAAUAUAUUGCAGCCAAACCCAAGGCCAAACCUUGAGCCAGGCCCGAGGCAAGGCCCCUUCCAAACGACUUCAAGGGCUCAAACGACAAAUCAUAUGCAGGAAGUUGUAAAUGUUGAAGAUAAUGAAUCUACCGAGGCAUCUAACUUGGAGCAAAAAGCUACUCAGCAGUUGAAAAAUUUAAUAACAAAUUAUGUCCAAAAUAAUUUCAAAAAUGUAAAUGAAACAGAUAGGCUGUUAAUGAAGAAGAUUAACAUCAAUGUAAACCUAAAAGAAAACAAGGCUAAGAUUUCCUCCCAAGAUAAGAUGAAUUUCGACGCCAUUGAGAAAAUAUGUUCUGAAAAAUCAGUCAACCUCUUGAAACAAAUUUCUGACAGCGAGGCUACAGUGCAGUACCUAUGCAUGACACGAAAUAUACUAGAUGCUUUUUUGCAAAAAAAUCUUUCAAUUGGGGACGAGUAUUGUUUUCCAAGAGAGGAAAACAGAAAACUGGGUACUGGAAUCUCAACAGCUGAAAAAAUUCCAACUUUGGAAGAAAUGAAUGUCAUCAUCAAAAAGGCUGAAGAACAUGCCAAACAAUGUGCAGUUGAGUUGGGUAUCUUGUGUCAUGACAUCGAGACAGUGAUAGUAUCUAUCACAGGAGAUGGCAAUUGCUUAUUCAGUCAUCAGAAUAAACAUCAGCAAUUAAGGAAUGAUGCUGUUAAAUAUAUAGAUCAAAAUUGGAAUGAAUUUGAUAGUUUUGUAUUUGUACCUGGGCAUAUUUUAAAAAAUGAAUAUUGCAGAAAGAUGUCACAAAUUGGAGAAUAUGGUACUUAUUUAGAAUGUGUAGUAGUAGUAGUAGUAGUAGCAGUAGUAGUAGCAGUAGUAGUAGUAGUAGUCAAAAGAAUACCUAAAGGAGCUAGGCAAUGUAUUGCAGAAGAGCUAUCUUUUUUACUAAAUAAAUGUUGCUCAAACAAUAAAUUGAAUGACUGGAUUGCAUUGUUUAUCUUUCCAUAUGCAGUCCUUAAAGUUCCCUUAAAGCCAAAAUCCGUUGAAAAUUUGACAUCUGCCGUUAAAUUUAAUGUUAGAGAUUGGAGUCAAAAUAAACUUCUACCUUUAAAGUCGUUGAUAAAUAAAUAUAGUAACACCAAACAAGCUUAUAAAAGAAAAUCCAAAAUGGAGAAAACCUUUGGAGACUCAAAUUUUCUGGCUAAGAAAGUAGAAAUAAGAAUUUCGGAAGGUGAUAUAAAAGGUGCCAUUAGACUUUCGUGUUCAGAAAAUACCAUUGCUGCAAAGAAUGAAGAAACACUUUUAAAUCUACAGGAGAAGCUUCCGUGCCCACAAUUCAAUCAGAAAGAAUUUCCUAGUGUGCCCAAAGACUCAAUUUUUGUUGGAAAUGUUUAA